UGUAUAUAUUGUAUAACUCUAUAUCUUUUUUGGUUAUUCUUUAAUGUUUGCUUCUAUAGGAAGCCAUAUAACAAAUUUGUAGCAAAAUGUUAAAAGUAUCUUAUUUAGAUGAGGCACGUUAGCAUUGGUGAAGGCAACUAUCUUAGGAGAAGGAAAAGUCUAAUAUAAAACCCCUAGUUUACCUGUGUGUAGAAGCUAGUAGUACAUGAGAAAAGUGUUUAGGAGAAGCAUCACUGCCAAGUUAAAAAUCAUAAUUCAUCCAUAUACAGCAGAAAAUUUAUCAGAAAAAUAUGUAUACCUUACUCUAGAGUUUUCAAUUUCAAGUGAGUAUCCAAACCAAGUGCCUUCUAUAUCUAUUCCUAACUCACGUGGUUUAUCUGAUGAAUGCUGCGAAAGUAUUCGGGAAAACCUAAAAGAUUUGUCAUAUAAACAUAGAGGGGAGGAGAUGUUAUUCAAAUUGAUUGAAUAUGCUAAAGAUUGCUUAAGUGAUAAUAACCAUCCAAGUUGUGUAUGUUCUAUAUGUUUGGAAAACUUUCAGCAAGAUUUUGUUCGCCUGGAUUGUUAUCACUUUCUUCAUAAAUUUUGUUUUAAUAAAUACCUGGAAAUAAAUAAAGAAAAGAUAUGCCCGGUAUGUCGCACUCCAUUUCACUUGGAUUUUUUUUCAGAUGUAACACAUUCUAAAGAUGAAGAUGCUCCAUUAACAGAAUUUUCAUUUUGCAAAGAGUAUAUGGAUUGGCAGAAAAAAAGCGUUGAGUUAUUUCGUAGACAAGAGUUAAAUGGUGGAAUCAUAGACCUAGAGUGGGAACAAAAUAAAUAUUUUAUAUCUUUGAAUACAUCAUUGCCACCAGAACCGAAAAAAAAUCCAGAAACUACUAGAAAAAAUGUAUGUAGCGAAGAAAGCGUUUUCAACAAUGUCUCCAAACCACAGUGUUCGAAAUCUUAUAAUGGAAGCUCUGAGCUACCUUUUUUAAAAGAUUUUGAUAAACAAAAAAAAUAAUUUAAAAAAUUGUCAUUAAAAGUAUAGAAACAAUUUUUUUAAAAUUUGUAAAGUAAUCUAUAGAUAUAUUUUUUUUUACAAAAACUUAAGUCAUUGUAAAUGUAAUUUUGUCAAAAUAUUUAAUGUCAGUUUGUACUUAAAAAUAUCACUUUUUUGAGUUAUUCUUAAUUUAUGUAUUAUUUAUUAUUGCAAAGACUUUUUUCUUGUCUGUUUGUAAUUGUUA